AUGAGCGGAUUGGGGAGGGUUUUCUCUCUGUACCGCCAGAUCUUGCGCACGCAUCAAGCGAUGCCGUCGCCGAUGAAGGAGCUCGGCGCGACGUACGCGAGAGAGGAAUUUAGGGCGCAUCUGAGAAGCGAGAAGAUGACAGAGGCGCAGUGGGGUCAGUUUGUUUCGUCUUGGCAGCAGUACGUCGAUUCCCUGCGAGGGGACACGAUCGCCUCUGUGUCUGGAGACUUGGACGAAGAGGUCGUCGAGGCGCUCUCGCCCGAUCAGCGGCAGCAGCUCGAGCGAUUGAAGGGCGAAGCUUUGAGAUUCAGGAAAGAUGGAGCUGGUGAAUCAGAGUAG